AUGUCACCUAUCACGAAGAAAAAAAACAAUACCCAUCGAGUCAAAUGUGUCUGUCGUGCUUUCGAUUGCUACUUGGGUCGAUAUGUUGAUGCAAAUGGGGUGACUCAAGUCGGAGUGGAGGUAUUACCCGCAACUUUGAUGGCUCAUGAACUUGCUGACAAAGUGAAUGAGGCCACCUCAAGCACGUCUGCUGAACAAGACAUACCAACCUCUCACAAUGCUCGAAACCGUUCACCAAGUCAAGCGUCCCUCAUCGGAUCUAUAGCUCGCUUGCGAUUGAAAGAAAAAAAUCCACAAUCACAAUCCUCUGGUUCUAACCCGAUGUCACAACAGCCCAUAGGUACUUUCGAGGCUCAUCGAACUGGUUUGACACCCAGCAACCAGGAUGUUCACCCCUUGGAAUCUGGUCUUCGAGGAACUCCACCAGAGCUGGACACUGGUACAGCAUCAAGAGAACCCUACCCGGGGGAUCAAAACACAUCAUCUGUAUUAUCGAAAAUGUGUUUAGAUUCCACAUCCGCAAAGGCGGCCGGUGUCCAAGUGUACAACUGCGGUGAGGUCUUUUUCUGGUAA